AUGGCCGGCCAACUUGACACUCCCUUGGUUGUUAGUCCUUUGAGCCGAUAGGAAAAUGGUGGGCCGAGUAACUAUUUGGGCUUACCAUAACACUUGGUCAAAAUAAAUUGUAAUUUUAGUGUCUUAUAUUUUAAUCAGUCAACAACUAACAAUGCUUCAAACUAUUCAGCAUCAAACAUCCAUUUACCACCGAAGAGAAGCAGAUAGCAAACUAAAAAUGGGAUCAGAAGACAAAGUGAAGCUUCCAGUUAUUGACUUCCCCUUUCUGGACUUGGAAUCUAAUGGUUCUCAUUGGGAAUCAGUAAAAUCCCAAGUCCACAGAGCACUUGUGGAGUAUGGUUGCUUUGAGGCUGUGUUUGACAAAGUCUCUUUGGACCUUCGGAGAGCCUUAUUUGUUGAACUUGAAGAGCUUUUCGACCUUCCUUUAGAAACCAAGCGAGGAGUUGUGUCUGGUAACCCCUACCAUGGUUAUCUUGAGCCUUGGAACCUCUAUGAAAGCAUGGGGAUUGACGAUGUAGAUGAUUCAGAGAAAGUUGAAAACACAACCAAGAUCUUAUGGCCUGAAGGAAAGCCCAGUUUUAGUAAAACUCUACAAUCUUUCAUGGAGCAAGUGUCAAGGUUGGAUCAGAUUAUUAGGAAGAUGAGUUUGGAGAGUUUAGGCGUUGAAAAAUACUUGGAGGAACAUAUGAAAUCAACACACUACCUUGCAAGGCUUAUCAAGUACAGUGCCCCUCAAACAAAUGAAGAACAAGUUGGCCUACCAGAACACACUGAUAAGAACACAUUGACCAUAUUGUGUCAAAAUCAAAUUGAUGGCUUAGAGCUUCAGACUAAAAGUGGAGAAUGGAUCAAGUGCAAGCCCUCAUCACCAUACAGUUUUGUGGCUUUUUCCGGAGACGCUUUCUAUGCAUGGACCAAUGGCAGGGUGCAUUCACCCCAUCACCGUGUGAUGAUGACUGGGAAUGAGACAAGGUUCUCAGUUGGACUAUUCACGGUUCCAAAACCAGGGCACAUGAUAAAAGCCCCAGAAGAACUCGUGACAGAGGAGCACCCUUUGCUUUUUAAGCCCUAUGUCCACAGUGAGUUCAUGAGGUUUCUUCAAUCUUCUGAGGGUGAAAAACAAGCACUCAAGGUGUAUUCUGGAGUUUGAGAUGUGAUUGAUAAUUUGUAAUAUGUACUCUAUUGCUCUAGGUAAGGUUUGCAAGUUUGCUGUGUGCAUGUAUACUAUAAACUUCUGUUCUCUCCAAUUCAUAUGAACAGAUAUUGUGUGGGUUUCUUAUCAUCCAAAAUCUAGAUGAGUUUUUUUAA